CCAGGCCAGGUUUUGUGACUGACCGUCAGCCACCUCCAGAUUUUGCAGACGUCUACUUUUUAUCCCCUGUGCUAAAACUUGGACUAAUUUUGGUAGUUUACAUAUUAACAUUCCCUUCAUAGACAGCUGCAAACUUUAAAAAAAAACUUUUGCUCCCAAUUUUUCUAUCAUUUCCAACUUUCCAGUCUGUGGCAAACGAAUGCUCCUGCUUCCCGAUCACGUGAGAGACCAACAGCGCAACAGAUACGGCGGAUCACGUUACAAUUGUUUGUUCAUUGUUAAAAUCCACUCCUGAGCAAGAGGAAGUCGUUGAUGAAGUUGCUCCGCGUCGGUACUUGUCAAGAGGAAGAACGUUGCGGCCGUUCCUCAAACGCAAUCUGGGGAGAAAGCAGUGCUGCUCAUCGUCCCAUCUAAUUAACCUUUCCACUUGGUCAUACAGGUCCCCAUCUCUCCAUGUCCGGUGACCCUUACACCUUCACCACUGACUCUCUCCCCGACAACCCCCGUUUCCUGCCUCCGCUGGCCAACGGCCUUUUGGGAUGGCGGGUUUACAACAGCACCAUGCACAUGGGGGGGGUGUACAACGGGGAACGGGGAGAAUGCCACCGUGCAGAUCUUCCUUGUCCUCUCGCUGUGACGGUUGAGACAGAGGAAGCUGGUCCAAACUCCUACAGCUUGGAUGCCCACACAGGUGUUUUCACAAACACACUGACCUCACCCAGCGUGACAGUGUCGCAGUCUUUCUACUCACACCGGUACUUCUCCAACCUGAUGGUAAUGGAGAUUGUGCUGGUCCGCCAUGUGACUUCAGAGGUGCCAUUGACAGUGAAGCUGGUCAGUUCCUUUACGCCUCAGAGCAAAGACAUUGAUUUUCAGGCUUCGGCUGACUACAGAGGUGGAAGCCACAUUCAAGGUCAUCCACACAAAGCAGAAUUCCCAGGAUGCCCGAGCCCUACAGUUCACCUCAUCUGGACCCCCAUUCCCUCCAGCCUGAUGCUUCCACCUGAGCAAAGCCAGGACCGUUGGGACUUCAUUGUGGCGGUGGCCAACUCUUUAGAUGUCACAGAGGCUUGUUUUGAUGAGGGCCUGGAGUUGAUGGCAACAGGCGGCUUGCGUUCUUCUCACGAAACGGCGUGGAAGGAGCUGUGGCUGAAGAGCAAUGUGGAAGUUGUGGGAUCCGAGCGCCUCUUGAAAGCUGUGAUCGGAUGCAUGUUCUACCUUCUUAGUGCUUUUCCCUCCAUUCACGACACAUCUGGUGGUUUCGGCGGCGUCAGUCCAGGUGGACUAUCCAAUGGAUCCGAAGCUCAGGAUUAUUGGGGUCAUGUCUUCUGGGACCAGGAGAUGUGGAUAUUUCCGACUAUAGCUUUAUUCUACCCCAAGAUGGCCCGUGCAGCACUGGAGUACAGGGUGAGGACUAUGGAUGGCGCAAAAUACAAUGCUCAAAAGCAGGGAUACAAGGGACUAAAGUUGGCAUGGGAGAGUGCCGUGUCAGGGAGGGAGAUGUGCCCUGAAGAUAUUUACGGCCAAGAUGAGAUUCACAUCAACGGAGAUGUUACGCUGGCCUUCCAGAAUUACUACUACCUCACUGAGGAUGUGACAAUGUUUACAGACGGACAGGGAAGUCAGCUAAUAAGGGGCGUGGCUGAUUACUGGGUUUCCAGGGUGACCUGGAACCCUGACGACCAGAAGUAUCAUCUCUUAGGUGUCAUGCCACCAGAUGAGUAUUACUCCAAUGUCAACAACUCUGUCUACACAAACACAGUGGCCAAAUUAAGUCUGCAGUUUGCUGUGGAAUUAGCUGACCUUCUCAAAUAUUCUGCACCAAAGGAAUGGCAAAAUGUAGCAGACAACCUCCAUAUACCUUUUGACACACAAUUUCAAUACCAUCCGGAGUUUGAAGGCUAUACCAAAGGUCUUCCAGUGAAACAGGCCGACACCGUGAUGCUGAGCUAUCCUCUCGGCCUGCCCAUGUCGCCGGAAAUCAGAAGAAAUGACCUUGAAGCUUAUGAAAGUGUCACUGACCCUCAUGGACCAGCUAUGACUUGGGGAAUGUUUGCGAUUGGUUGGCUGGAACUGGGGGAUGCAAAGAAAGCUCAACAUUUGCUGGAGAAAUGCUUCAGAAACAUCCAAGGACCUUUCCAGGUAUGGAGCGAGUCAUCAGACGGUACGGGAGCAGUUAACUUUCUUACGGGUAUGGGAGGAUUCUUGCAAGCGGUUGUGUUUGGUUACAGCGGCUUCAGAGUUCAGAAGGAGUGCCUGGCCUUUUCCCCAAUCCUUCCCGAUGAGCUGAGUGAACUCUGUAUCCGUGGUGUCAACUAUUUGGGCCAUCAGCUAGACUGGCUGUUUGGGAGAGAUGAGGUGCGCCUCAUACUGAAGGAGCAGGAAGGCGGUUUUGGCUGUUCCAAGACGUGUGAUCUGCAGGUGGUCCUCAAGGCAUCAAAGACUAAAAUUCCUUUAACACCAGGGGUGGAAGUAACAUUUCCACGAGAGCCUGGAUAUGUUUGCAGAUGUGAACUGUCAUCUUUCUGCUGGCCUUUGUGAAUAAUUUGACAGAUAGAAGUCACAGCUCUUGCUCAUUACCUCCCUUGUCCACACAUUUGCAAAUAAAAUAAAAUCAUCAGUUUCUCACAGAC